GGAGCCACGGACAUUUCCACUAAUUUCCAGAGAUCAGCUCUUUAAAUUUUUAAAAUCCCUAAUUUCAACCCCCGAUCGAGGAUUUGCUGCACUUCUGGUGCCGAAUUCGCCGACAAGAAUCCCUCGGCCAUCUGAUCUCAUUCUGUCCGAGCCGAAAAUGAAAGGCCACGACUCGGCAGUCCGUCGGGCCCUUCAUGUGGCGUCGACAGAAUCGCUGCCCGGCCGCGAACAGGAGCUCGAAACCCUGGGAAAGUUCCUUCUGCAAAGGUCGCAGGGCGUCAAAGGUGCCCCAGGGGCCGCCUACGUGUCAGGCCCGCCAGGAACGGGCAAAACUGCCUGCAUUCAACUUGUGAUUUCUCAGAUGAGGGAAGAAUUUUCCAGUGGAUUCAUCAACUGCACAUUCGUCAAAACUCUGAGUGCACUUUUGAAGAAAAUUGCCGAGGAGUUUGAAGUAAAUCUUCCUGCUGGGGCCACUAUCGAGCAAAUGGAAACUAUUAUUCACAAGCACCUGAAAAGGAAAAAUUCUAGAAAGGCUGUUUUGGUUCUGGACGAGGUGGACCAGCUGGAGGGUGGCCGAGGCCAGAAAGCCCUGUACCGUCUGUUCGAGUGGCCGCUGAAGCUCGGCCACUCCUUUACCCUGAUCGGAAUUGCCAACGCCCUUGACCUGACGCAGCGGGCCCUUCCAAGACUGGGUGCCCGCGGCCCCUCGAGUGAGCCCCUUCUGCUGCCCUUCGCCCCCUACACUAAGCAGCAGCUGCUCGAAGUCCUGCGCCAUCGCCUCCUGUCCGCAGGCGCCUCUGGGGCCUUUGACGCGGCCGCCCUUGAGCUGUUGGCUGCCAAGGUGGCCUCCGUGUCCGGCGACGCCAGGAGGGCCCUUGACCUGGGCCGCCGAGCCCUCGAGGUUGGCGGCCGGAAACGCCCGUCCUCUGUUCUGGGGCCGGCCAAUGACUUGGACAAGGCGCUCGAGAACCGUGUCGGACCCAUGCAUGUGCGCAAGGUGCUCGACUCUGUGUUCGGAGGAAUCGACCAGGGACCCCAGUUGCCCCUGCAGCACCAAAUUGUCCUCGCCUGCCUCCUUUUGCUCAAGAGACCGCCUGUCAAGAAGGCCACCAUUGGAAAGCUGCACGAGGUUUACUCAGGUGUUUGCAACCGCCGGAAAUUAGGUGCCGUCGGUCGUUCCGAACUCCUCCACAUUUGCCAAUUACUGGAGGCCGAAGGCGCCGUUCGAGUGACUGGGGCAGGACUGGUGGCUCUCCAGUGGGACCACGACGAAGUUUCCGACGCCCUUUCUGACAAAUCUCUGCUCGCAGACAUUCUUAGAAGUUGACUGAAUUGACAAGAGCUUGUUUUUCCUAACAGCUCAAAUUUGAUUUUAAUUUUUACGACGUAUAUAUUUUUUACUGAAAUAUUUAGAUUUUAAGCGAAACUUAUUGUGGAUCGAUCGAAAGAUAAAAAAUUUAAUGGAUAUACAAUGAAUAAAUGGAAUAAAUUAUAAAU